GCAGAAAGUACGUUACAAAAAGAUCCGUGUUUCUAGGGAGACUAGAGGGGAAUGGUCCUGUGAGGAAGAUGUGAAAUACGAGCAUUUACCAGGAAAGCAUGAGAGAGAAGAGAGAUGAAAGUAUGGUGAAAUACCUUUCUGGGUUAUAUGAUGGAAGGACUGGGAAAGGAGAGAUCCAUAUGCAGCCCUAGACCCUUUCCAUGGCUUGGUCCCACCAAAACAGAAGCUUCAACCCUGCUAUGGAAACUCAAAGAUUGCUUCUCCACCAAAGAUACAACUGCCUCUACUCGUACAGAUAAACAAAACGGUUACAUGGACAACAGCAAGGCUGUAUUGGACUUAAAAGAUGUCCCUCCUCCUCCUCCUCCUCUUCCUCCUCUGCAUCAUAGUUCUUCCUCCCAAUCAUCCCAGCACUUCCCUCUGGCCCCUCUCCCUCUGCCUCCUCCCUGCUUGCCUUCUCCUCAGCUUACACAAGAUUCCCAUCAACAGUCACCACCACCACCACCACCACAGCAGCAAGAGGGGGCUAGCCCCAGUGUAAGCAUCUGUACUCAUUGUGACUACUGCGGCACAGAGGGCUAUGGGCUCUUAGGUGGUGGAGGUGUAGUUAGUAGCAGUAGCAACAUUACUGGUGUUGUCUCACUUUAUAUGGCCCCAGGCUCUCUGGAAAUUCCCAGAAGCAGCAACAGUAGUAGUAAUAUUUGCAGGUCAGGAUCUUGUUCUGUAGCUUCAUCCAUUCAGUAUAAACAUAAUCUAAGCUACGUUAGUGGGACUGGUUACAAACCCCAGCUGCCCUCCUCUGUUGCCACCUCACAGCCUGUUUCAUCGCAUCCCUGCAUCCCCUGCUGCUCAGGACUACUGCACACCUACCCAGCUCUACCUCUUCCUUGCAGUCAGUCUAGGCGGUUUCCCCCAUCAGCCCCUUUGGCCUCCUCUCUUCCAUCUCUUCCCUCUUUAUCUGCUCCAUUGCAUGGCUCUUGCUUGCUCUCUUCUGGCUGCUACACCUGUGGAGUGGACUGCAGUCCCUCAACCAGGAGAUCUCAGAGAAGCUCAGCACUGGGUGAUCAUGCUGCAACCACUACCACCAUCACCACCACAAGCACUUCAUCACACUUCUGCACUAAUCCUAUGCACCUCAAUGUAGAUCGCACGGUUUGUGUGAAGGGGGCACACUACUGCCAGGAGUGCUUGUUAAAGCCCAUGAAUGGUGUAGUGUCAGAGUCAGACAAGGUGUGGCCCAACGUUCCUGUUCCUCAGACUGCUCCUAUCCCCAUACCUAUUUGUAACGGAUGCGGUACCUCUGCUGAUGGUAUGGUGCACAUGCCAUCAACAAACCUUGGCAAGACUGGCCAGAAGUAUGGUUCUCCUGAAAGUGGUGGUUCAGAAAACAUCCCUCCAGUGGGGGUUUUCUGGGAUAUUGAGAACUGCAGUGUGCCUAGUGGACGCUCUGCUGUAGCUGUUGUCCAGCGUAUCCGGAACCGAUUCUUUCAGGGUCACCGUGAGGCAGAAUUCAUUUGUGUGUGUGACAUCAGUAAAGAGAGUAAAGCUGUCAUCCAAGAGCUGAACAACUGCCAGGUUACUGUUGCACAUAUUAAUGCCACAGCCAAGAAUGCAGCAGAUGACAAACUUCGCCAAAGCCUGCGACGCUUUGCUGAGACCCAUACUGCACCUGCAACUGUUGUAUUAGUAUCCUCGGAUGUAAAUUUUGCAAGUGAGCUGAGUGACCUGCGUCAUCGCCAUGGUUUCCAGGUUAUCCUUGUCCAUGGCAAUCAUACAUCACCAGCUCUACUGCAGCAUGCCCACCACCAUGUGGCCUUCCAGGAGAUCACAGCUGAUCUGCCACCACGAAUGCUUGUCAAAGCACAGCCCAGUUUCAACCUCCUCUAUGUGCACAACCUCCCUGUCAACUGUGACAAGAGUCUGCGCAACGCUGUGAAGCUCAGGCUCCGUCGUCUGUCAGACAACUGUGGUGGCAAGGUGUUGGGCAUGUCCCAGGGCACAGCAGUCCUCCGUUUUGGCAGCCCUGAGGCAGCUGCCCGUGCCCGAAAGCGAAUGGAAAAUGAGGAUGUGUUUGGCCGCCGCAUCAGCCUCUCCUUCUCCCCACGGCCCAGAGACGAUGCAAGUCCUGAGCCUGAGCUUCAGUCUCAGCCCCGUCAUUUGCUUCAGACUCUGCCCCAGCCCUUUCAAAUCCAGGAGACAUUGUUCGUCCCACCCCCAUGCAUUUCCUCCUUCUCUUUUCUGCCCCUGGAGAAGCCCAGGUCACCCAGGAGGCCACGGCGAGCAACCCGCCCAGUGUCAGAAAGGCCCUACAGCCCCAGGAGAGGGUGCAGUGGGCCUCCCGGUGGUGCUCCAUUCAAACCCCAUCAGGAGGUGGGUAGUGUAGAGACCAAGCCUAAAAUGGGCUUUCACCAUCUGGAGAAAGGGCGCGCUGCUUCUUCUUCCCCCCACAGCAAUGAUGAGACAGGAACUCUGGAGCAACUGUCUAAGCCUGGUCUCUCUGGAGAAUGCAUGUACAGACGGAGAAGAGACGGCUCCAAUCCUCGAAGUGUGAUGGAAUCCCCUGCUGAACAAGGAGAGGAGAGCCUGGGGGAGUUCCAGAUUAGCACACCCUCUGCCUUCAGCAAGUUGAACCUGCACAGGAGCUUCAGUCCCCUUGUCCUGUCUCAGGGAUCAUGGUCUUCAAGGAGUGCAUCCCCUUGUCUGUCCAGUCGCUCUUCACCCUUGCUUGCUCCCCCCCGUAGUCCCUGUCCUGAAGGACCUUCUGAGUCUUUCUCAGAGGGGGGUGAGGUCCAGGUGGCCAACCUGGACUACAGAAUGUCCCGCAAGGAUCUCCAGCAGACUCUACAUGACACCUUCUCCAGAUAUGGAAGGGUGAAAGCUGUAGAGCUUAGCCCCCACACUGACUACCAGCUGAAAGCCACAGUUCAGAUGUCGUCUUUGCAGCAGGCUAUCAGCGUCGUCAGUGGCUUGCACCGUUAUAAGAUUGGAGGGAAGCGCAUUCAGGUUUCUCUGGUCCCUGGUGGUAACAGCAAAUCCCUUGCCAUGCUCAGCACAGAGAUAAUCUGCAUUCUUCAGGACGCACCUGCCAACUGCCUUCCCCUGUUCAAGUUCACAGAGAUCUAUGAGAAGAAAUAUUCUCGGAAGCUUGUGGUUGGGGAUCUGCAGAGGCUGCCAGAGGUGGUGACCAUACGAGAGCAGGGAGGCUCGCGCCUUGUGUGCCUUUUACCCAGCAGCCAAAUCCGUCAGAGCCCAUUAGGAUCAUCUCAGUCUCAGGAGGGCUCCUCAACUAGCGGCAGUCCUGUGGUGUUCGAGGAGCUAGAAUACCAUGAACCUGUCUGCAGACAACACUACACACAGCAGGACUUCAGUGAGGCUGACUUUGACCCUGACUCCUACAAAAUUCCAUUCGUUGUUAUGUCUCUGAGCACCUUGGCCUCUGAGGUCCACAGCCUGUUGCAGUCACACGAGGGCACUCUUCCACUGCUCAGUUUUCCAGACUGCUAUGCUGCAAAAUUCAGCCCCUUGCAGUUGGGAAAUGAGUCCCUUGAGGGUGGCGUUCCACUGGAGCACCUCAUUACUUGUGUUCCCAGCAUCACAGUAGUCACAGCUCAGAAUGGCUUCAAAGUCAUCAAGUGGAUCCACAAUAAACCUCCAGCACCAAACUCUGAACCAUGGAUUCAACGCUGCAAGAGUCCAGUGGGCAACCCUCAGCUGAUCCAGUUCAGCCGAGAGAUUAUUGACCUGUUAAAGAGCCAGCCUUCUUGCGUCAUGCCCAUCAGCAAGUUCAUACCUUCAUACCACCAUCACUUUGCCAAGCAGUGCCGUGUCUCAGACUACGGCUACUCAAAGCUGUUGGAGCUGCUGGAGGCUGUGCCACAUGUUUUGCAGAUCUUGGGCAUGGGUACCAAACGUCUCCUGACUCUGACCCACCGUGCUCAAGUGAAACGUUUCACCCAAGACCUGCUCAAACUCCUCAAAUUUCAAGCAAGCAAACAAGUGGCAAUCAAGGACUUCAUGCAGGCAUACCACUGGUGCUUCUCCAGAGACUGGCGGGUAGUCGACUACGGCAUAUGUGAGCUAAUGGACCUACUAACUGAAAUUCCUGACACAACAAUCACUAUUACACACCAGGAAUCAAACAUCAUCAUCUCUGUUCCUAAGAGAGAACGUACACCAGAGGAGAUCGACCACACCAAGCAGUUUGGGAAGGAGGUGGUGGAUCUGCUCCGUCACCAGCCUCACUGCAGAAUGCCCUUCAGCAAGUUCAUCCCCACCUACCACCACCACUUCGGUCGACAGUGCAAGCUCAGCUACUACGGCUUCACUAAACUCAUCGAGCUCUUUGAGGCCAUCCCUGACGUACUGAUGGUGCUGGAGUGUGGUGAAGAGAAAGUGCUGACUCUAACUGAAGUAGAGCGUGUCAAGGCACUCGCCGCUCAGCUGGUCAAGCUACUGCGUGCUCAAAAAAACUCCAGCCUUCCCGUCAGCCAGCUGCUCACAGAGUACAGCAAGACUUUUGGUUAUGGACUCCGCUUGCAGGACUACGAUGCCAGCUCCCUACCUGCUCUACUAACUAAACUCUGCCAUGUUGUCAAGGUAGUGGAUGGAUCCGAAGGUCGCGAAGUGCAACUGAUAAACAGGAAGUCUCUGAGAUUGCUGACCUCGCAGCUACUGGCACUGCUCAUGUCCCAGGAAGACGAUCAGGUCUCCAAAGGACUGAGGGUGGAGGAGCUCACCCAGCACUACCUGACGGUCCACGGAACCACACUCAACCCAUGUGAAUAUGGGUUUCUCUCCCUCAGUGAGUUACUCAAGAGCCUGCCUUAUCUUGUGGAGCUGUACCAUGAAGAAAAGGACUACAGCAGUACAGGGGGCAACACAGCUAGCGUGUGCAGUGAGGAGUGGGUGCGGCUAACCAGGCUUUACCAGUUUUCUCGUAACGUCCGUGCGCUGCUCCACACCUACCAUUACAACCAGAUCUUCCUCACUGAGUUCCAGGGAGCUUACAGCAAAUUCACAGGCUGCAACCUUGAACCACGUUCAUAUGGAUACAGCAGCACUGAUGAGCUCCUCAGUGCCAUUCCACAGGUGGUCUGGAUCAAAGGGCACAGUCAUAAGAGGAUUAUCGUUUUGAAGAACGAUAUGAAAGCAAGGGCAAGCUCUUCAGUCUCCAAUAGCCCCCUCCCUGAUGAUAACACUGAAAGCCCACGAGACAGCCUGGUUAGCAGUGCUAACUCUGGAGCCAACAGUCCAGGUGCCGAUGUAGUUGCAGAGUCAGAGUUGUUGUGCCUGACGUCCCCAGUAGACCUGCUGUGUGGUCCUGUACCAUCCUGCUUACCAUCCCCUCAGCUCCACCCUGACCCUGUUCUCCAGCAGACGGACCUAAUCCACUUUGAGGAGAGACCGCCAUCAAUCUGUGCUUGUGUCUUUCAGAAUAUAACAAAGCUGAGGCUGCAGCUGAAACCAUGUCUGAUCUGCCUGAACAACCUGGCACCGUGGAGAGCUCUGAAGACCCCAAACAGCCCCCCACAACGAAACCACCACUGUCCUCAGACAGUCCGAACAGAAGAGCGUCCCGCAGCAGAUUCAAGCUCGCUGCCAACUUCUCAUUCCCACCAGGUCUCUGAUUCAUUCACAUGUACAGUCAAUGUGCUCACUAGGAACACAUACAAGUCCACACAUGGUGUAACUCUAAAUAGAAGAGUUAACUGGCUACAUUAAACACACCACACAGGUAUGGCCCAUAGGAGCACUGGCAUCGUCCUCUCUAUAUCCCAACAGGCUGUUGCUUUCUUCAUCUCUCAAUGACCUUUCUCUAAUUUCUUAUUUCAGUGUUCUUCUAGUGACAUUCACCAAAUUGGGAAUUUUCGUGUUGCAGAUUUUCUGCAGUUGUUUAAUUUGCCAAAUCCAUCUAACCUGUAUUUGAUUUAAUCUAGACAGAAGUUAAAUUGUAUUUCUGUGAACAUGCAUUUUCUGGUUGAAAGAGAACACCGACUGGUUUACAGAGAAUCAUGAAUGCAGAGUCUAAAAUGAGUUGGUUGUCACUGUAAUCAGACUAUUGGUUAACAUAGUACAAUGAGGGGAAUGAGUCACAAUGUUUUCUUUACUAAAUCCAAGAAGUGUAGGUGCCCAAAUCAAUCAAGGGUAAUGGAGAUGUUGUGUUUCAUGUAUCAUAACUUAAAUGAAAUAAUCCGUUUUUGGAGAUGCAGUCGUAAAUUUAAGCUGUUCUGUUCUGAACUCAUUUCCGAUUUGUUUUUCGAGGUAACCAGACAUGUCAGACAGAGCAAGUCCUAAGCACCUGCCUGUUUGAUUUUUCCAGUCUCUUUGGGCAAAGAUUCAUUUAAUAGUUAAGAGUUAGUUUCUCUUUGAGGUAUAUUCUUGGCUUUCAUCUCUGUAAAUCAGCCUAAGGACAGAUUUCAGUUCCAUUUAGUGCAGGGUAUUGUCCUUAAUGUAUGGCAUGUUUUGUGGCUGAUAUGACUGAAGAAGUAAACAUGAACUGUUCUGGUGUGUCUUUCACUAAUGGACAGUUAAACCAUGGGUGGAAAGGUUUUUACUGAUGUUGCAACAAGCACUACUCUUGAAUUUUUUUUUUAUUCUUGUAGAGUUUAGACUUAAUUUAUAGCAAAGAUCUCGAAGAGCUGAGAGAAAAGGGUGGCUCUGAAACAUUCUGGCCUUGUGUGUGUGCUUGGGCAGCUGGAACUGUUUGUGUUUAGCCAGCAGCCGAUGUGAUUUUAGCUGUGUUUUGUCUGUUUGCAUGUGGUUUACACUAGAAGGUGGUGUGAAAUAUGCAUGGUGUGCAUACAUGAGUUUAUGCAUGGUGUAAGCCCAGGAGGAGCAGACAGGAGUGUGGGAUGACGAGACAAGAGCAUUCUCUAAGAUCAGUCUUUUUAUUUAGGGACUGUGCAGUUGGCGUCAACUACGCAGCCGCCACAUAUAUGCUCAAGGUUUUUGAGUGAACCUUGUUGCUGAAAGGUGAUGCAUCUGAGGCGCCGUCCACACUGCCCGAGUUUAAGAGUGGAAGGGGAGCACUGAGCACUCCUGAGUUUUGAUUUUUAAUGAUGAUGCGAAUGGCAGUACGUUUUUUUUUUAGAGAACAGAGAUGGGGUGGGAGGUGGUUGGCCGUGUGGAGGAGCAGGGGGCUCUGGGAAUCCUCCUGAACAGACCGGCGUGUACAGAGGACCCUCUGCGGCUCUCUGGAACCUGCCUGGCUUUUACAAUGGCUUGUAUUUGCCACGGCGCUGAAGGAACUGCCACCAUACCUCUCCAUCACUCACAUCUCAAGCUGAGGAGUUUUUACUUACUAUCGUGUUUUUGUUUUCCUCCGUCUCGAGUGUUUACGUGACUGGCUGCUGGAAUGCCACCAGAUGAAGUUGGCUGCCCAUGAAGUUCAGCAUGAUCCGUCAAAGGGCUGCGACUGUUUGUGUUGGGACAAAUGUUUAUAAAUGGGUAUGAGCCCAUUUUAAUCAGUGUCAGGUUUAGCCAGUGUUUGCAGUAUAAGUUUUCUUCAUCUGACUUGAUUUGUGACUUUUUUGCAAAAAGCCUUUAAAGUUGACGUACAUCCCACCUGUCGACUGACCGAUCACAUGUCUUAUAUACCCGUCAGCUUGUUUUUAAUGAGGGCUGUUACUGCUUAGUGUCUCCUGCAACCUUUACUGACUGUCUGGAAACCUCUUUGAUUAUGGAAUGAGCAGUUCAGAAUAAUGAAUUAUUUAGGAAUUGGAUUGGAUGAAUAAUAAAUUGUGGCUUAAAAUACUUUCAAGAUAUAUCUAGAUUUAACUUCGACAGAAUGUACGGAAUGUUUUUGUGCAUCUGAGCAAACCCCAGCUCUUCCUCAGAGUACCUCAGUGACAACCAACUUAUUUAAUGUUCUAUCUUUGGCUACAUCAGUGAGAAACUAUUGUAUUAGUCUAAAAUAUGCACUUCUGCAUAUUGAUGCAUAUUUGAAAUUGGUUAGUGAUGAUUGAGAGGUCUGGAACACUUUCUUGCGACCUCUGUCUUGGUGAAUUUAAUCGUAACCCCCCCCCCCCCCCCCCCCCCCCCCCAAAAAAAAAAAAAAAAAUUGUUUAUUCCACAUUUUCCUUGCACAAUGGGUUAUCCUACAGUCUUGUGAUCUGUGCUAGAAAAUGUUAAAGCAGCUUCUUACAGCAAUGUCCUUACAAUGUCAACUCCCACCUUUUUGAUCAGUUUUUGUUUUCCUGCAACAAAUGCCUCACAGAUGUCUCCUCUUUACGUCAUCUCCUCCUAAGUUUUAGUUUUUACCACUUUGUCAUGCCAGAAGUCACUGUAACAGUCAAAAGUUGUUGAAGGGACCAAGACAAUUUAUUUAAUAAAGUUCACAAGCAUCAA